UUCAACAGAAGAGAACAGGGAAAUGAAGUUGUCUGACAGGCCAGCCCAGCAACUCUCUCUUUACAACAAGGCAGCUAGCUAGCAGGUUAUGUGACAGACGGUCACGAGUAGAGACAUUUAUAUGAAAUAGCACAGCUAUGAAGGUCGUUUGCUUGAGCAACUUGUAGCUACAAGUAGUACACGUUAGAUAGCUAACGUUACAGCCACAUAUCUCAGAUAACGUUACACUUCAAAGUAACGUUAGCGUUACAGUGGGAAAAGAAAGUGGGGACAACUUGCUAGCCGGCUAGCUAGUUUUUAGCCUCCGAGCCUCCUUCGGCUUCAAAACUAAAGUUAACUCGAGAUUUGGACUUGGAUUACCAGUCUUCAGUCAUGCCUUUUCCUUUUGGGAAGUCUCAGAAGAGUCCAGCUGAUAUAGUGAGGAGUUUGAAGGAGAAUAUGGCAACCAUGGAAAAGAUGGAUGCUGGUGACAGCAAAAAGUGCGAAAAGGUCGCGGAGGAGGUGUCCAAAAACCUGGCUUCACUGAAGGAGGUACUUAGUGGAACAGGUGACAAGGAGCCUCAAACCGAAGCAGUGGCUCAGCUUGCACAAGAGCUGUACAACACCAACCUCCUGAUCGCUCUCAUUGCAAACCUGCAGAGGAUUGAUUUUGAGGGGAAAAAGGAUGUGGUUCAUUUGUUCAGCAAUAUUGUGAGACGUCAAAUUGGCACCCGUACACCCACAGUGGAAUACAUCUCUACGCAACAACAGAUACUCUUCAUGCUUCUGAAAGGAUAUGAGAAUGCAGAAGUGGCUCUGAACUGUGGAAUGAUGCUGAGAGAGUGCCUGCGUCACGAGCCUUUGGCACGGACAGUGCUCUUCUCUGAAGACUUCUACUGCUUCUUCCAUUAUGUUGAUCUCUCAACCUUUGACAUUGCCUCUGACGCUUUUGCCUCAUUCAAGGAUCUACUCACAAGGCACAAGAUUAUGUGUGCAGAUUUCUUGGAGAAAAAUUAUGACAGGGUGUUUACAGAAUACGAGAAGCUGCUGCAUUCUGAGAACUACGUCACCAAACGUCAGUCUUUGAAGCUCCUUGGGGAACUUCUCCUGGAUAGACACAACUUCACUGUCAUGACGAAAUACAUCAGUCGGGCGGAGAACUUGAAGCUGAUGAUGAACUUGCUAAGAGACAACAGCCGAAAUAUCCAAUUUGAAGCAUUCCAUGUGUUCAAGGUAUUUGUUGCAAACCCCAACAAGACUCAGCCGGUGCUGGACAUCCUGCUGAAGAACCAGGCCAAACUCGUUGAGUUCCUGAGCCACUUCCAGACCGACCGAUCAGAGGAUGAGCAGUUCUGCGACGAGAAGAACUAUCUGAUUAAGCAGAUCCGGGACCUGAAGAGGCCCACAGCACCGGAGGAAGCUUAAGGCGCUGCAUCAGGUGGUAGAUGUUUUUGGGUGAUGGCUGGAGCUGCAGAGGGUUAAGAGAGAGUCGAAAAGACAUGCUUCAUUAAAAUGUAAUAUUAACUACAAAA